GGGUGGCUCAAGAAGAUGGGCUAGUGGAAGGGGGAGGGGUCGGAUCAGGGGGCGGUAGGUGAUCACGCUCCCCUCGGCUCGGGGUUUUGAACGCAGCAGCAGAUCGCCUGUCCCGCACAGCCUUUUGUCUCCUCCUGGGACAGAGCCUGUGGGCUAAAGACAGUUAAGGAGACUUUCGAGAUGUCCUCCUGUUCUCCACCGUCCACAGCGCGGCAUAUGAAGGGCACGGGAUCUGGAGAUGUCGGCAGACUCAUUUGGAGCAGGCGGCAGCGAUGCCCAGCAGAGCCUACAGUCCUUUUGGCCCAGAGUGAUGGAAGAAAUCAGGAAUCUUACCGUGAAGGAUUUCCGUGUGCAAGAUCUUCCUCUUGCUCGCAUCAAGAAAAUUAUGAAACUGGAUGAGGAUGUGAAGAUGAUCAGUGCCGAGGCACCGGUGCUGUUUGCCAAAGCGGCACAGAUCUUCAUCACAGAGCUCACUCUCAGAGCCUGGAUUCACACUGAGGACAACAAGCGGCGCACACUACAGGUCAGUCAUGUUCAUUCCCGACUUCCCUUUGACCCCUCGCCCUAUGAAUUUGAUGGUGAAAUCAACCCUGAGGAAGUGCGUCAGUCCGUCGCCCCGACUGAGCCGGUCCAGUAUUACUUCACUCUGGCGCAGCAGCCCAGUGCGUUGCAGGUCCAAGGUCAACAGCAAGGCCAGCAGGUGGCUGCUCCCACUGCCACCACACUACAGCCCGGACAGAUUAUCAUCGCUCAGCCCCAACACGGCCAGAGCGCUCCAGUGACCAUGCAGGUGGGCGAAGGCCAGCAGGUGCAGAUCGUGCAGGCCGCUGCACAGGGACAGGCUCAGGCGCAGGCAGCACAGUCGGCUGGACAGACGAUGCAGGUUAUGCAGCAGAUCAUCACCAACACGGGAGAGAUCCAGCAGAUUCCAGUGCAGCUCAACACCGGCCAGCUGCAGUAUAUUCGCUUGGCUCAGCCCGUCUCAGGAACACAGGUUGUUCAAGGACAAAUACAGACGCUUGCAACAAACACUCAGCAGAUUUCACAGACAGAUGUACAACAGGGUCAGCAACAGUUCAGCCAGUUUACUGAUGGGCAGCAGUUGUAUCAGAUCCAGCAGGUGACGAUGCCGGCGGGACAGGAACUGACUCAGCCCAUGUUCAUUCAGUCCACCAACCAGACGGCUGACGGGCAGGUCACCACGCAGGUCAGUGCGGACUGAGGCUGUCCGUCCAAGUCCUCACUGGCCCACGGAGCUCCAGACACCACCAUCCACAAUGAAGGAGAGGAGCCGCCACACACCAACACCUAGUCCUUCCACUUCCCUUCAUCUCAUGCCAUACUUUGAUCAAGUUCUCCGACUGGUUUCAUUCAGCAAUCAAAUAAUAAACUUCAGAUUUAAGCUUCAUAAUUUACCGUCCAAAAUACAUGUAUUGCUGUUUUGUUAACAGAGUUUGGGUCUCUUUACUACAGUGCUGGAAGGAUCAAUGUGUAGUGGCAGAGAUUUGAUUUCUGCCAUAUUGAUUUCAACUAUGUCUUCUGCAAUAUGGCUAUGAACCCACUGUGUUCCUUGCAGUAUAGGUAGAAUAUGUCCUUGUUUCAUAGUUUAAUGUGGAUAUGGGUAGAGAUUAUGCUUUCAGAUCUGUUCAGUAAUAUUGAUAUGACAUUAGGGUGAGGCUUGUGAAACCUGAGCUGGAGGGCACUUCUUUCGUGGGGGGAAAAAAAAAACUUUUUUUUUUUUUUAAACCCUCAUCCAUUUUGACAGAUUAUGCCAUCUCAUGAUGUGUAGAGUUCUAAACUUGAUAAAAGCCAUAAUCUACACAUUCUGCAUCUGUAGUUUAACUCUGUAAUUCUAUAGUAAUUGUAUUAGUUCAGUUGUGGUAUAUUGUAUAGUUUUGAAAUUUGACAACGUUGUAUUUGUUAAAGGGCUU